GAUCCGAGAUGUUCUCUCAGUUUUGGAUUGGCAUAUGUGACUGAUACCAAGGCCAAUAUAAGGCAUCUAGACGAUGUGCAGAACGUGACUUGUUCCGUUCCGGCAGAUAGCUGUGCUAGAGUAUCAAACCAGAAUCUUUCGUCUAUAUUUUUCUGCAACUACGAAUCUACUGCGAUCAGCACCAAAUGUGGAACUUUGAUAGAGCCCGCCAAAAGCAUUCAGAGCGCAUGCAGGCUCCGCGACUUCUACGAUUACGGAUAUCUUGAACAGACCCUAACACAAGGCACUGUCGAGUAUAAGUAUACGAUAGCUCUGGGUGGCGAAUUCCCCAACUCGGCCUAG